GCAGUAUGAAUUUCUAGCCCUUUAAAUGUACGUGCAAAAUGGCUGCGCACGUCGACUUUGUCCGUAUUAAAGUAGAAAAUAAGGUAAGGGACGGUCUUGAUAAAUUUGCCAAAGAAAAGAAGAAGAGGGAACUGUCACCGUCCGCGGAUAAACGGCAGCGUUCAUCCAAGGAGGCAAAGAAAGUAAAGCUCCAUCAUCAUCGGCACCACCAUGACCCACAACAUGUUCAACAGCAGCAGAAUGGCCAACCACAACCACGCAACUCCAGUGCCGAAAAACCUACCCUACAACGACACCAGCAUCAGCAUCAGCACCACAACACCAACGAUGCAAAGAAGGACUCGCACCUGCAGCCUACUCUGCCUGCGCCGAAGGUGGUACGCGCAGCAGGCAAGUUGGACAGGAAGAAAGCACUUCCCCCGGUUCUGCCGCCUGGACUAUUGAAUUUUACGCCCCUCAAAGUAGCCGAGCCCAAGGACAAAAUACAGGAGAGCAAGGAAAAGCACAGGGAGAAAGAGCUCAAACUCAAACCUAAGAAGGAAAACACAGAGGCUAACGUAAAACAUGGAGUAGUCCCAUAUAAGAAAAAGAAGGAGCCCCAUCAUGAUGAGAACAGCAAGACUCAGUCCCUGGAGGAGUACCUGUUGAGGAAGAAGAAAAAGAAGCGGAGGCACCGUGAGGAUGAGCGUGGUAAGACGAUCCGCACGUACAACAAGGAGGUCCAGACCAUGUAUGGCGGUCUGACUGACCACAGUCCUUCAGCCCGCCUUGGCCCCGUGAAGGAGGGGAAACACUGCCAGCCUGGUACAGGCACCAACAACAACCACCUCCCCUUCCUCUCCCCCCAAGACCACUUCAUCCGCAGCUCGUCUCUGCAGACAGGCACCGUCUACGGACGCUUCAUCCACGAGGAGCGCCAGGCCAACGGCGGGGCGUCGGUCCUGCACGCCUACGCUGAUGAGGUGUCCUCUCUACGGCCAGGGGAGAUGGAGCACUUCGCCCAGGAGUUCCUAGAGCUGGCCUUCGCUGAGAGCCCCCGAGGGGCAGCCCGCUACGCCCUGACUGUGGUGCACAGGGCUGCUGCCUUCCUACCUGACUUCCUGGACUACUUUGCCUUCAACUUCCCCUCCACGCCGGUCAAGAUGGAGAUCCUGGGGAAGAAGGAUAUAGAGACCACUACUAUCGCUAACUUCCACUCUCAGGUGGGGCGGACCUACUGCUCGGGGACGUACCGGGCCGGUCCCAUGAGGCAGAUCAGUCUGGUGGGAGCCAUGGCAGAGGAGGUGGGGGACUACUUCCCUGAGUUCUUGGACAUGCUGGAGGAGUCCCCCUUUCUGAAGAUGACCCUACCUUGGGGCAGUCUCUCCAGCCUGAAGCUGGACUGUCGUUCCCAGAGUGAUGAUGGGCCCAUCAUGUGGGUCCGGCCGGGUGAGCAGAUGGUGCCAACCGCUGACAUGCCCAAGUCACCCUUCAAACGGCGCAGGUCCAUGAAUGAGAUAAAGAACCUUCACUACCUGCCCAGGGCCAGUGAGCCCAGAGAGGUGCUGUUUGAGGACCGAACCAGGGCUCAUGCUGACCACGUGGGCCAGAGCUUCGACUGGCAGAGUACGGCAGCAGUGGGCGUGCUGAAGGCUGUGCAGUUUGGGGAAUGGAGUGCGCGUCCGAGGAUAACCAAAGAUGUGGUGUGUUUCCACGCAGAAGACUUUAACGAUGUGGUCCAGAGGCUGCAGCUGGAUCUGUACGAGCCCCCUGUGUCUCAGUGUGUCCAGUGGGUAGACGAUGCCAAGCUGAACCAGCUGAGGCGGGAGGGUAUCCACUACGUGCGGGUGCAGCUGUGUGACGACGACAUUUACUUCAUCCCCCGUAACGUCAUCCACCAGUUCAAGACUGUGUCAGCAGUCUGCAGCCUGGCCUGGCACAUCCGCCUCAGACAGUACCAUGACGAGAAGGACUGCGGAGAACACGCCCUACACAAGCCCAAUGACCAGAGCACAACAUCGGGUCAAUUCUUCUCAUCCUCCCCGGCCCAGCCAGAUGCCAAAGUGCCCCACUGUGCCGGUCUGCAGGCACAGAGAGACAAGACUGAGGAACCAGUGUUUCAGAGGCCUACUACUCCACCUAGAAAACCCCGGCCAGCCCGUCCUCAGUCUGCCAAGUCUGCACACCUGCCCCCUCCCGUCCUGGGCAUCAGCCCCUUGCCACAUGCUCCCUCUGGUUCUGGUUCUAACCCCUCCACUGUAGAGCCGAGGCUUCCACAGCCCCUGGUCUGGCCUCCCCCUGGUCUAGACUACAACUCCCCACGACCCCACCAUGAUGUACAGCAUCACCGCCCCACUGACUUCUUCAAAUGACCUUCCCUCCCCUUUACUCCUUUAACUAUGUUUACUACCCUCUAAGGAAGAGCAGUUUAUUUAAAGGAAUGUGACUGUGUGUGCUUAUGACAAUUUCUGAAAAUGUUAUUCUUGAACUUCUUCUCUUUUAAAUUGUUCAGAUUAUAAAGUAUUAUUUUUAUUUGUAAAUACAGUAUCAGAGACAAAGCUUAGAAAUCUUUAUUUUCUUAGCCAAAGUGUGAAAUGUUCAUUUAGGAACAUUUGUCAGAAAAAGUGUCUGUGUUUAUUUGUUAGUAGCUGAAACUGAGGUCCCUCUGGGGAGUUUCCUAACUGGCUUCGAGAGUUACCAAGUUACCAAGGCAACUCGCUUUGUCAGUCGAGAGAGCCUACCAAAGUGUACAGUAUAUCAUGUACAUUGCCUAAUUGCUUUUUAGAUAAAAGUGCCUGCCACCCGAAGAACAGCAAUCAGUCUCAAAUACAUAUAUAUAUUUUUUCAUUCUUAGUAGCCUUCUUGAGGCUUCCUGUGAUGGUGAAUGUAAAAUGAUGUAUUUUUUUUUUGUGUUGAAAUUCACAUUUAAGAUAUUUUCCUAAGUUCUUAAACUUAUUUUUGUCUGUGCAAAUAGACACAAAUGCAGAGUUGGCCUGCGUUUUUAUAUAUUGGAUUGUGGAUUAAUUGCAGAGUUGGCCUGCGUUUUUAUAUAUUGGAUUGUGGAUUAAUUGCAGGGUUGGCCUGCGUUUUUAUAUAUUGGAUUGUGGAUUAAUUGCAGAGUUGGCCUGCGUUUUUAUAUAUUGGAUUGUGGAUUAAUUGCAGAGUUGGCCUGCGUUUUUAUAUAUUGGAUUGUGGAUUAAUUGCAGAGUUGGCCUGCGUUUUUAUAUAUUGGAUUGUGGAUUAAUUGCAGAGUUGGCCUGCGUUUUUAUAUAUUGGAUUGUGGAUUAAUUGCAGAGUUGGCCUGCGUUUUUAUAUAUUGGAUUGUGGAUUAAUUGCAGAGUUGGCCUGCGUUUUUAUAUAUUGGAUUGUGGAUUAAUUGCAGAGUUGGCCUGCGUUUUUAUAUAUUGGAUUGUGGAUUAAUAUAUUUUUUAGAUGUGUACUGUAAAAAAAAUUAUACUGUUAACAAUGAAUGCAUGUUCUGGUGUUUGACACUGACGUUGAUAAAGUACAAAAGUUUAUGUCCAAAAUAUUGUCCAACUUUCAGCCAUUUCUAUCAAUGUUAUGCCACGUUUGAAAGUUUUAUUACUGUCCUUUAUACUGUCCCUUUCCUUUACUACUGUCCCUUUACUUUACUACUAUGUCCCUUUCCUUCACUACUGUGUCCCUUUCCUUCACUACUGUGUCCCUUUCCUUCACUACUGUCCCUUUCCUUUACUACUGUGUCCCUUUCCUUCACUACUGUCCCUUUCCUUUACUACUGUCCCUUUCAUUUACUACUGUCCCUUUCCU